AUGAAUUUAGCUCCGUUCUUCUUCAUAAUCUAUUUCGAUUUUUUUUUCUCUCAUCGUCUUCCAAUUUUCCUUUCCCCUCGUCUUGCUUUUUUCUUUCACUCGUCUUUUUUCUUUCUUUUUCCUUUUUUCGCUUCUUUUUUAAUUUCCAUCAUCUUCCUUUUUCCUUUAUCUUCCAUUUGUCUCUUUUUCGUUUCUCUUCUUCCUUUUUUCUUUCUCUUCUUCAUUUUUUCCCUUCUCUCGUCUCCCUCUUUUUUCUCCUUUUCCUUUCUCUCGUCUCCCUCUUUUUUCUCUUUUUCCUUUCUCUCGUCUCCCUCUUUUUUCUCCUUUUCCUUUCUCUCGUCUCCCUCUUUUUUCUCCUUUUCCUUUUCCCUUCUCCCUCUUUUUUCUCCUUUUCCUUUUCCCUUCUCUCUUCUUCCUCUUUUUCCUUUUCCGUUCUCUCUUUUUCCUUUUUUCCUUUCCCCAUCUUCCUUUUUUACCCUCGUCUACCCUUUCUUCUUUCAUUCCCUUCCCUCGUCUUCUUUUUUCCUUUCUCUUCCUUUUUUCUCUUUUUUCUGUUUUUCCCUUUCAUUUUUUUCCCUUACCUUUUUUCUCUUCCCUAGUUUUCCUUUUCUUUCAUCCUUUCCCUCAUUUUCCUACUAA